UCGGUAAGUUACAGAGUCGGGUAGGAAAGGGAACCUGUGUGGUUUCGGUGUAUAUCAGUAAACGUAAUUAAUUUUGCUUGUUGUUACAACAGAUUUAAGUAUAAGGUGGAUGUUUUAUUCUCGCUAUAACGACGGUAGGUGAAAACUGACUAUGAUCAAUAAUGAAGCAAGAGCAAGGAGUAGGCUGCUGACAACUCCCAAGCUCCAUCGUCGUGUAUCACAAAGCCAGUCUUCAACCAAAGGAAAGGCGGAAUACAAAUGCCCACCGAUUUCAACUAAAGAUGCAACAAACCUACUUACUGACGGCUUUACAGAAAACUCUCAAACCAACUUAAGCCCUCGUCGCCCCAGUAUAGUGCCAGCGAGGAAGGUAUCGCCUACUGAUGGCAACUGUUCCCCACUUUCUCCAGCCAAUGGUGUAUCCGCCGCUUGCACUGCAAUGGCAAAUGCGUGUAGUCACGACCAUGACUACAUUUCUGUAGAACAACCUCGGAUCCGUCGCCAGCCACCCAUAACCCCGUCACAGAUUUCACCAGCAUCAACUGUGCUACAACCUCGAUGCGUUAAUAGCGACCGAACGAAUGUGUCUUCCCUGACUGCGAGAGAGGACGACUCAUGUUACUGCCCAGAUAUUAAAUCAAACCGACCGAUACAACAACCCGUACCACCGCCAAAGUUAUUGCAACCAACUAUACCCAACCAUGCUAAACCACCGAGAGAAGCGCGCUGCACACUCCGACGUCGGUACUUUCGACAGAAUGACACUGGACCUUCCGAUAAAGCGACAGCGACGACAGAGGAGUUAUCUAAAAAUAAACUUGUGUUUGUAAGUACGAGCAAAACUGCUGAACCAAGAACACAUUCGAGAAAAUUAAAGCAAUUGUCCGAGGAAAGAAGACCAAACGAUUUAGCACAAUCUGAAGUUGGCCCUACCGCGUGUUUGUCGAAGAUGGAAGAGAGUGUAGCGCCCCAAGUGGUUAAUAAUAGUGAUUUCAACAUUAAGACUGAUAAACUAACGGUUGCUUGGUUGUCUCUUGUGAACAGUGUUGGAAAAGGAGAUGCGAAUGAAAAGAACUUGCCAGAUGUUCCUGGGGAAGAUAUCCAAGCCCACCCUGACCUAAACCACGAAAACCAACAUUCGUCAGCACCGCUUGCAUGCGCCUCACCUAACCCACCGAAAGUGCAACAAAUUGGUGGUGAUACGGAUAGUUGUAUUGGUUGUCCUACAAAAUGCAAUCAACAUGAAACUGAUUCCGCAUAUUCUUCACUAGCGUCCUCAUUAUGCAGCCCCCCACCCACUAGUGCAAAUGUACCUCUACUUUCAGGAGAGUUCCGCCCAAGCUCGAGCAGUCGGCCUGCUUCCGGCAGUCGACCACCAUCCGGAGGCAAGAGAGUAGCUCCAUGCAGUCUAUCAUCAUCGUCCUCGUCUUCUUGUGCGACAUCAAGUGACGAUGAUUCUGACAUGUCGGCUUCUUCGCCACGGUCGGAUAUUUGUCGAAGGGACCAAAUGAUAAAUCCGAUGAUAGAUGACUCCCAUACACAUAAACCCGUCGUGGAUAAACCUCAUAACUCCCGAUCUAGUGCGACACGAAAAGGUCAUAAAGUGGUUACUACAAAGAACGGGAAAAAGUUUCUACGUCAAAAAGCAUCUUCAAAACAAAUCAUGGCAGGACAUUUAGUAUUACCCACCCCACCUCACAAAAAGCCAUCAUCUAAGAAAGAUUCGGUUCCCAUGCGUCUCCGAGCGUUACCCACAUCGUUCUGGCAGGAACCAAACCGAGUUAACCCAUCACCGUACAGCGUCUUACCUCCAGUUCAACCUUUGUUUAGACAAGGUUAUGCUGAUAAUGUUGCAGAUAUACGUCCCGUCACACCACCAGCAGAGUUGGAGAACGAAGUAUGUUCAGUGGACGAGGUUCGGGGAGAUUCUCCCGACAAAAGUACAAUAAUAAAUGGUGGCGAUCCCGAUCUUUUAUUCCGAUUAUUCGAUUCCGUUGAACCACAAAAUCGUUCUGUUGCAAUUAAAAACAAGCGUGGAAGGCCAAAGAAAACUUCCAGGGAGAUGCCCCCACCCCGGUUAAAACUCGAUAACAACCCGUGUAUUAUUCAAUCUAUCACCGAGAAGCUAUUUCCGAAGCUGACCAUUGACCGUGGCUGCAUCUCGAUGCAUGCUGCGGAUAAAUCUUUCAAUUUGGAAGAAGACUUCGGCUCAUAUGUCUCUGACGACAAAGACUAUUCUGCUAUUGGACUAUACGCCCUUAGCGGCCAACAGGGGAGGGUCUUGGACGACGAGCAAGAAACAAGUGAUGAACACAUGCAUGUGAUGUCACCGGCUGCUAUGACGCGUGUUACGUCACUAUCAUUACCACAGCUCUCUGUAAACCAAGAUUACUCGCAGAUGUUGUCAGAAGUGGCUGCUGUAUUAUAAACCAAGUAUUAACGGCGAGACGUUUAAAAACCACUGUGUUUGUUUUUAUUGCACAAACUACCCCCUUAAACUACAUGAGAGUUAACAAAUUUUGAAGCAACAGUUACAUUUUCAGAGUAUUGUAUUUUGUAUGGAUUGUAUUACUCUGAAAUUCAAGCACAUUCCUUUAUAUAAUAUGAAACUACAAAUUUAAGUAAAGUUGUUAUGAAAUUAGUUUUGAUAUACAAUAAAGUUCUAUGCGCACCGAACGUAGCACACUCAGGUGUUUCUGCAUCACCAUACUCUAAAAUCAUGAAGCGCGUCGGUUUCACAUCAAUGGUUGUUUAAAUUGUUAACGAACUGUGGUGUGCGGUUUCUACCCUCAGGCAAAGACGGACUGAAAGAAAAAAAUGCAGCUUCUUCUUUUCUUCUUUAGCUUGGUGCUGAAAUUAUUCAAGCAUCACAAUCACUGGCCCGAACAAUCUAAAAAGGGCGUAGGUUCAGAAAACACUUUGUUCGAGGAUUUAUUCAGUUAAACUGAUAGAGUAUAUUGAUUAAUAAUAAACCAGCAUAUUGAUCAGUGUUCAGACGAUAAAAAGGUUUUGAUUUAGAUCCAAAGUUGAUUUGUUACCAUGGCAAAUAUGAAGGACAAGCAGUUACAUUUGAUUAUUAUUUCCGUUUUGUUAUUUCUUGCGUUUCUGUUCUCUGUCAUUGCGGUUGCAACUCCGGGUUGGCACAAUCUGUUUACGGUCUCGUUUCUGCAAGAGUAUGAACGAACAAAAGCAGGCAUCGUCGCACUGUGGGCAGUCGGAUGCAGCGUGCUUAUUCUGCUUGGAAUUAUCUGUCUUUGCAUUUCUGCCAUUAUCUUGCUAGCGCGUUUCUUUGGUCAAGGGCGGGGGAAAGCAAUUCUGGGCGGUGUUCUCUGCAUUUUUACAGGAUGCAUUUACGUAGUUGCGCUUGGUAUAUUUAUGGCGCAGUACAAACCAGGAACCGGAGUUUAUGGAUACAGCUUCGGUUUACUUUGGACGUCGGUUCCAAUUUGUUUUGCCGCUGGUGUUUUCUUUAUUUUGCUAAAGGAUGACGAGUUUUUGAAGUCCGAGUUGAAGUACAGCGCUGGAGAAGGAAGCAGAAUGACCGAUGCACAAUAAUAAUAAAUCUCUUUAACAUAUCACGUUUAUAACUCUCUUCAUAUACGUCUAUAAAAUAAACUAUACAGAUAUAAGAAUAAGGUAGUUUUUAUAAAUCACUAAAGUUUCUUAAUUUGCCUUUAACACAGACUUGUUAACAUCCCAACACAUUCUAUGGUUUUCGUAUUCAUUCACUUGUUAUACCUGAACGUUUGGUUAAGCUGUAACAUAUUAUAACCGUAUUUUUUAUGACGAGUACAUUUGUAAAUAGAAUACGUUCUAACU